CUCUUACUUUAUCUGUUGAAGCAGUUUCUCUUCUCAGAACCAGACCCUGAUUACCCUACUGAUGGUAGAGGAGUAAAACUGCUCUGUGGGAACAUUUGAUUCUCUAGAGUUCUCUUAAUAGCAGAUUUUCUGUAGCAAAAUGGCAAAGAUUUUGGGACAAUGAUGGUCAUUCAAUCAUUGGUCUAAAAGAGAGCUUUGACUAUUGAGAAAUAUACUAAGGACAAAACUAGCAGAUGUACUCAGAAGAUGAGAAAAGUUUUCAAGCUUCAGACUGUAUUUUCAGAAAGAUGGAAUCAUACCAACCACAUCCUGAAAAACUAACAGAUGAGCACCAAUCAGACUACAGGCUUGUUUUUUUAUUGUAUCUGGGCUGGAAUUAGCCCAAAACUACAUAUGGUGGACAAUGAACAACACUGUUAAGUGCCAUGAUGAUCACACCCUGGAUAAGUAUUUGUUUCCAUUUGUGUACAGCACUGUGAUGGUGAUCAGUAUUCCCAUCAACUGCAUAUCCCUCUACGUGUCUUGCAUUCAGGUGAGGAAAAAGAAUGAGUUGGCAGUCUACCUAUUUAGUCUGUCCCUGGCUGACCUUUUGUACUCUGUGAUUCUGCCUUUGUGGAUUGAUUAUGCCUGGAAUGGAGACAACUGGACACUCUCUGCCAGGCUUUGCCAGUUUUCUGCCUUCCUUACAUACAUGAAUUUUUACACCAGCACUGCAUUUCUUGCUUGCAUCUCUCUCGAUAGGUACCUGGCAUUAGUUCACCCCCUGAAGUUCCAGCACUUACGUACAAGAAGAAUUUCACUGAUUGUCAGCAUUAUUGUUUGGCUUCUGGAAGGUACCUUUAAUUCAGUUAUACUGAUGAAUAAAGAAGUAUUUAAUGAUCCUUGCAAUUCUACUAAUCAUAUAUUAUGUUAUGAUAAAUACCCCCUGGAAUGGUGGCAGGCACAGCUGAACUUAUUCCGGAUAUGCUCAGGGUACCUGCUCCCUUUGAUAAUCAUUUUGUUUUGCUACCAUAAAAUCUACCAAGCAGUGAGAUGUAAUCAAGCCACAGUAAAUGAAGAGAAGAAAAAAAUCAAGAAACUUAUACUGAAUAUCACAGUUACUUUCAUUAUUUGUUUCACUCCUUAUCAUGUUGUAUUGCUUAUUCGGAGCAUCAAAGAACCUCAGACCUCUAACCUACAGCUUUUACAGUCAAUUUAUAAAAUCUACAGAAUCACACAAGCCUUUACAAGUUUGAAUUGCAUUGCUGAUCCCAUUCUUUAUUGCUUUGUGAGUGAAACUGCACGAACAGACAUUCUGAAUUUGCUCAGGUGUUGCUUACACCUACAAAAGCCUGAAGGAAACCAACCAGAAGAACAUGCUCUGUGUAGUUCUGCUACAAAGAGCAACGCACUGGUCACCUACAGAUCUUCCUGUGAAACUGAAACUCUGUAAGACAUCUGUGAGAGCACAGUCAAAGAAAAAGUGGAUAACGUAAAGGGAAAAAAAGUAAAAAUAAAUCUUCCCUUGCUUGUAUCUAAGUAAACAACUCCAAAGUACUCUAAUCUAGGUGAAACCAGUAGCUGGAACUAAUAAGAAUAUAUUGCAGGUCAGUUAAGUCAGGGAGCAUUUCUCAUAACAUUUCUUAAAAUCAGGUGUGUUAUGUAAAUCAGUGUUAACAAACAGCCAAGGAAAAUGAACAUGAUAUGCUGACAGAAUUACAGAGGGUCCCCUGAAGAACGUCCUCCUGUCUCAGCUUGCUAGCUAGCCCAUAUACUCAGUACACUUGUACUUAGCUGCAAGAAGGCUGAAGUCCUUUCAAUCUAGUUUUUCAGUUUUAACAGAAAUCUUAAAGUUCAUCUGAGAAAGAUUCUUCUGUAUGAUUUUUUUCUUAAAUCAGUACUGUGAUAGAAAUGAAUGAAAAAUGCACACACAGAAUAUUCAAAUGAUUGAUAAAGAGCAGAAAAACUGAUAGUGUUAUGAUGAUUCAGUAAUGACUCAAAUUCUCCUUCAGCAUAACCUCCCCAGUUAACCACCUCUUAAAAUUGUUUACCUUAUGUAGACAGUUACUUACCUGCUCUUAUGCGUUUUUAGCUUUUGGGAAAUGUAUGUCCUAAUGUAUGUUAACACAUGGCAUGCAGUUUCAUUACAAAUACUGAAUUUCAGACAACUGAAGAUUCAUUACUUAGAAUACAUAUAAGGAACCAAAUUCAAGCCACAGAUGGAUAACUAAGGUGAAAUUUUACCUCACAUGUUCAGGGAAGAAAGGAAAGAAUUGGAAGGUGAGGUUUCACGUCUCCAUGAAAGAAAAAGCCUCUCUUUGGUCUAGCUUACUGUGACUGAAAUCUGGAGUGCAAUUUUGUUUGUAGAGUCAAAGGAGCAAAAAGAUUUAUAUUCAUUUACUUACUCUCAGUCAAAAAAUUAAAUAAAAAUAAUAAAUCACUAAGCUAACAAACAAUACUAACAAGCCAAUAAAGAAUAAGGCAAUAAAACAACACAAAUAUUGAAAAGGUUGAAGUUCAGCACAGAUCAAAAUUAGAGUUGUUAACGCAGGGAUUUGUUCGCGUGGUUCACAGACAGCAAUGGCUGCACGUUCCCAUGAAAAGAUGGUCAAAAUUUGUCUCCUUUCACAAACUUUUCACUUUUGGCCAGAUUCCAGGAAGAAUGUUCAGUUGUGGUUAUUUCCCAGUUUCAUAAAGGAUUAAAAAAAAUAUAUAUAUUUCCACCAAAAAUGUCCCUCUAGCAAGUCUGUAAUGGAAAGAAUUUUGACCUGCAUUUUUCAGCACACAUCCAGGACUGGCAUUAUACUUGAACGACCAGCAUACUGUACUCACAGUCAGCAUGGAAAUUCUUAAACAAGAUCCCUCUGCACAGAAAAUAUCUCCAUUACAAAAACCCACUUUCAUUCCACUGUUCCUGAUUACAUGUAUUUAUAUUUUUUACUCAUUUCACACUCUGAGAUGGGAACUUGAGAGGCUGAGGACACUGGGCACGUUUAGCCUGGAGAAGAGAAGACUUUGGGGGUCCUAAUGGCAGUCUUGCUAUACCUGCAAAGAGUGUUGAGAAGAUGGAGCCACUUUUCACAGCAGUACGUAGCAGGACAAGAAAUUGUACAUAACUCAAAGCAAGAAGGAUCAAAGUUGAUAAAAGUAAAUUUUUUUGAACUAUGAGGACUGUCAAGCAUUGGGGCAUGUGGCAGCAAGAAGUCCUGCAUGCUCCAUCCUUGCAGAUUUUCUAGAUCAAACUGGACAAAGCCCUGAGCAACCUCAUCUGGCCUCAUAGCAGACCUUGUUCGGAACAGGAAAUUGAACUAGAGACUCCCUUAGGUCCCUUCCAAACAGAAUUAUCACGUGAUGCUAUGAACUUCUAUAAACAUUUGUGUCAUUACUCUGGCUGCUACCUUCCUCUUUAAAUAGUUAUAUUCCUUUCCCUUCUUUGUUUCCUUCAAUCUUUAUACUGGAUUUUGUUUUGAUGUGCUUUUUUCUCUAACUCCAUUUUAUAUAUUAUGAAAGAAAACGAAUGCAAACAGUGCAAAUUGCUUCAUCACAGAUGUGUCCCUAUACUAACCUAAGAACAUAAUGUGUUAUGUGAUAGGAUGAAUUUUCACUGCAGCUCUGGAAUAAAAGCAGAACUAAGACUCCCUGUAGCUUCAUGGGGAAAAAAAAAAAAAAAUCUCAGUAAUUUAUUCCUACACCUUCUACAUGCAAAAAAAGUUGGAAAUGUUGGGGUUUACAGUUAUCCUAAAUAAGGGAUAAUGACAACUAAAGCUAAACAACAAAGUUUAUUCAAGUUUAAUGUGUCAGAGCUGGCUGCUCUGCAAGGGACAGGGAACCAGGAACCAGAAAGCUGAAUGUGGAGCUGUGCAGUUCCACAGCACCCAAGCAAGGUGUGCAGAUCAGAUCUGGUGAUGGUAACCAGCACCAACCAGCAGCCCUAGACAAAUCCAUAGUGACAAGGCAUUCUGAGGUUGAGAUGAAAAGCCAAGGCAGCAAGCUGAAGUCAGGUUCAGUGAGGUACAAGGCCAGACACUGUGUUUCUGAGAUGUAGCUCAGCAUGGUAAGUGCUUGAGCUGACAAGUAACUCCUGUUCCAAGGAGGGGGAAUUGCCAUCAAGAAUCCUCCAACUUCUUCUCACAUAACUUCUACCAGCAGCCUGGUCCAGGUUGCAUGGCAGCGCCAUGCCAGCACUGGCCUCCUCACAGGCAGCCAAAUCCAAGAAGGCAGGGGAAGAGACCGCAGUGUGUGUAUAUUCAAGGUCCUGAUCCUGCUCAAAGAGCUUCACUUCCACAAAAUUUGGCCCUGUAAUUUUAUACCUUAAAGUUCUCCACCAUUGUUUAUCAAAACCUUAGCUUGGAUCAACUUUCAAUACCACUUAUGAAUGUUUUUUUAAUCACAUCAGUUCUUAUAGUCCCUCCAUACCUUACUGAAGAUCAUUUUGAGAUAAAGGAAAUCAAUGACAACAGCCGGCCCGUAGGCUGGGCUUCAUGAAGAAACUCAGAUAAAUUAGGGGUCCACUUCAGGAAAAUAAAACAUAGGUACCUAAUGUCUUCGGCUGUUAUGAAAUGCUAGCUUUAUCUGUUUACUGUUUGUUAAAAUGAGGAAGCUGAGAUGUGGAGACUGCAAUGCCCUGUACUUCAAUCACUUCUGUAUUUACUUCAAUACUUUUACACAGCUAAAGAUUUGCACUCUUUUUCAUUCUCACUCCAAAUUUGUUUGUCCCAGCUGGAUCAAAUUUACUGUAUGAAAAUAAACAUCUAUAUUUUUUCAGAAUCACACAAUAGCAGAAUACAACAGUGAAAAAUAAAUGUCUUCAUGAAGGCUUCAAUCCACGUACUAUUACUGAAUAUUUUGUAUAAAACUCCUAGUAGCUCUGCAGUAAAACGAUCAGACACAAGUUCACAGAAACUCCUUCAAAAGCAAGAACAUUUCUUACACCAAAGAGUUUAUAAAUUCCAAAGAUCUAUUUAAUGGCAAGAAGAAAUAAAUGAAUUCAAAUUCCAUUCUUUUCCUGACAGACAAGUCCUAAAAUCACUAAUGUAUGACUUUGAGGAGACACUAGUAACUGUCUCUCUUCUCAAGAUAUUCAAUAAGAAUAUGGAUAAUUAAAGGAUUAUGAUGGUAACUUAUUUAAUAACUAGUGUAUGAAAUGUCAGUGCUAAACAAUACUGUUUUCAGCACAAUAACAGCAGAGAUGAAUUUAUAUAUCAAUAAUAUACUUCAAGCAGAAUCUACCUUCCAGUAGUCCAAAGAUAUAAUGCAACUUCUUAAGUUAGGAGUUUUUCAGGGAAUUGUAGUGACUUUGCUGGUGCAAUUUCAGUCUUCAUUUGAGCUGUGUUUCCUAGAAUCCUAGCCACAAGCUGUCUCAUGACAUUCACAGUGCAGAUCAUUGUUUUUUUUUCUGAUCCAACAACACAUCUUAACAUCAGACCUGACUCACACAGCUGUGGACUAACAGGGACUAACAGACACUCUCACUUAACUUUUUUCUGAGUCUCUAACACAUUUGACUUCAGAGCAACUGAGAAAAAGAAGCUUGAAUUUCAGCUAUAUUCCAGUUCCUGUUUCCACUCACAGAGAAUGACAUUUAAAAAUGAUUCUAACUACUCCAAUGACAAGUUUCUGAGACUGUUACUCUUUUAUACCAGUAAGGAAAGGAGUACAGUGCCAUAGUUUAGCUACAUGCCACUAUUCACAUUGCUUACCAACACCAGUGUUGUCACUGGUCUAGUUCUCCAGUUUCUAACAUAGCAAAGCACCAUCUCCUUCAUUUGCUCCCAGUUUCCACUCAGAAUAGAGAGGAUAAAGGAGUGUAAGUGUUACAGAGCUUGGUACCAGCACUUAAGAAAGGGAACUGAAGUGUGGUUCUGUAUA